AAAAUGAGCGUGAGGUAUUUGAAAACCUUCGGCGGUUAGAAAUAACAAAAUGAAAUCGUAAGCGAUAGCGUUUUCCAUAGCAAUCUGGUUAGGCGAUUGGCCCACUGAUCUGCUUUGCGUAAUCGGCAACGAAGCCCUUUUCAGCGAUGGCCUUUGUGACAUCAAGCGGCGUGGUGUCAAGGGGCAGUCCACGGAUUGCCACCUUGAGGCUGCGGUCUUCUGGGCGGGCGUGCGAGUAUCAGCUCAGUCCUGCCUGUCCCUCCAGUCCGGAGAGGUAGGCCAGGACGAGCCGGCCCUCGUCGUCGUCGGCCGGUGAGAAACGCACGCCCGUACCAAACGGGCGUACGUUGGGUGGUCGUCCGAGCUUCUCAUGUAAGGCGCGCAGGUGCUUCGGCCAGUCCCGCAGCUGCUCAACCCCAAUCGGCGGGUGUCUACUGACCCGGUGGGACGUUGGAGCGCUGCGGGAGGCCGGUUGCGCGGUCGGCUCGGCGAUGGGUGGUGCGGCGGUCGGUGAUUUUUCCUCGGCGGUUUCGGAGGUAGGUGUGAAAACUUUCGCGGCCUCGGCAUACGACUGCGUCGGUACAGCAGUCUGUGCUUUCGGUUGUUCUUGUUCUUGCGCGGCGGGGGUGGUUUCUUCCCUUGGUUUGUCUUGCUUCGGUGCGGGGGUGGCUGCCUUGGUGGGCAUCGGCGCCUGAUUGGGUACGGGCGAACUUCCUUGGCUGCGUGUCCGGCGGUGGCGCGGGUCGCGCGGGUGAGACGCGCGGGAGGUGCGUGGUUUGAUGAAAUUUAGGGCCUCGAUAAGUCUGGCGUCAUCGGGGCCGUAAUUGGUGGUAGUCGAUUUCUCUUCUUCCAGGAGACGGAGGUAGACCCAUAACCAGUCCGUCAGCCUCUGCGACAAUAGGCCGGAGUCAAUGAGACGGCACGACAUCUCUGCAUCCAAUACAUAUUGGACGCGGGGAGAUCCCGCACCGCUCAUCCUUGCCGCGAAGAGGGCUUUGACUUGGGCCAGGCCGUUGUCCGUUGGAAGGUUGUAAAGAUGCGGGGUUCGGUAUUUGUCCAUGAUGCGUAAGAUGGGGUCUGCGUCUGCGCGAUCUUGACCGAGCGCAGCCUUGCGGCGCGCUCAGGCCUGCAGCUGGGUGGGGCGGUGAUCCACGCUGGCGCGGUGGCGCCAGGCCGUGCUCGCGGCACAGUAAAGGCUCAGCUUUACUUCGGAGCACUUGGGGUACAGAGAGAUCCGUGCGCAGCGACGUAGAUACAGUCCUCAAGCAAAUAUCAACUGGCGUCAGCACACUAUAUCGUGUUGUGACAUAAGAAACAUUGCAAAAAACUUAACUUUUGACUUCGUAUUUGAUUUGGUGGCAGCACUUGCGUGUUCCGUGCGUUCCAUCUGCCUUGUGUUCUGUAAUCUAAGAUCUAAAUAUCCUUUUUUUAAAAGAAAUAGUUACUAAACUAUUUUUAAGUUUCUUUAGAAUAUCGUUAGUAGGUAAUAUUUAAGUCUGAUUCAAACACAUCUUUACUAUAACUUUCCCAGAGAAGAAGAAGAGAGAAACCAAGCCGCUGCAGUAUCGUGGUGCCACCUAGUAAGUACCCGUUUGUUAUAAUUUAGCCCACAUACUUUAAACAGUGUUCUUCUGAGGUGCCUUUAAAAACACCCUUAGUAUAAAUAUAAAAGCAAGUAUACAGUGGUGUCAAUUCUGGCAUGAUGCUCUAAACCUAAAUUUUAACAACAUUUCUCUAUAUGUUUAUAACUUCUCUAUACAGAAUGAAAAGUUUGUUGUUGAAGGAUUGAUGUUCAAUUUAGUUUUAAGUUUAGAUAUUCAUGCUAGAAUCGAAACCAUUUUCAUUCUAAAAGGUAAAAUAGUCUGACCACCGAAUAGUUUGUAAAACUUGUCAAUUACGUAUCAGCUCAGAUUCGCGAAGCCAUGGGAGAUCGUCAUACUAAUAGUUGGCGUUAUAAUGGCGUCACUGAACGGCUUGUUUGUGCCGAUCGGCGUCAUCGUGUACGGCGAGUUCACGUCACUGCUGAUCGACAGGACGGUCAUGAAUGGAACAUCCACGCCGACCCUUACCAUUUCCAUGUUCGGUGGAGGCCGACAGCUGUGAGUAAAGAUUUUGGCAUAUUCUUUUUUUAUUUAUUCUUUAUGCACAAAUGUACAAUGGCGGACUUAAUGCCGUAGGCAUUCUCUACUAGUUAACCAUAGGAUGUUAUGGAGAUUAUUAGUGGUAGGGUGCAUAAGUGAGGUGGAAAUCACAUUGAAAGAAAAAUAAAUAGUAAUAAAUAAUAAUACAUAUACAUCUAUUAUUUCAUUCUGAUGUUGCAAAGUUGGUGGAAUUGUGAAGCGACAAUAACAAGCCGUAGAAUAAAAGAAGAAGAGAAUGAUGUUGCUAAAAGUAUUGUUAAAAAAAUGGAGUGGUUUUACUAAAGCACGACGUAAGUGAAACUUUUAGAACUAUUAAGAAAAAGAUACUCCCUCGUCUGGGAAUCGAAACCGGGGUGCCCGCGUAGUAGGCGAGCUUUCUAUCACUGAACUACUGAUACUCAUUGAUAAGGUUUGAAUUUUUGAUAUCAAUUAACAAUGUAAAGCGACAUGCUUAAUUUGAACGAAAAUAAUUGUGGCGAUGCAAUAAAAGUCACUCCAAAAAACAACAAUGCUAGCUGGGUAAAGAAAAGACAACAUCAUUAAGCUCAUCUCUGUCUAUUUAAACAUCAAAGAACUGAGGUAUCUUUUAUCCAUCAAUCUUGCCGCAAAUGCUUUUCAGAAAUAUUUCCAUGCUUGACGCAGGAUAAACGUUGGCCAUUGUUUCUUGCUGCAUCUGCAGUCAUUAGCACUGGGCAGGCAUUAUGUGUCACCUCCUGACCCUUAGUCCUGAUCUCCUUAAGUCAUUACAAAUCUAAAGAAAAUUCUACUAGGAAAAAAAAUUAUUGUCUGUAAAGUCGUUUACGUACGAUAAUUUUAGGUGAUACCGUAUCGUUAAGGACAGACACUUUAGUGAUAGGCGGCAGUAUAAACCAACACGGAGCUCUGUUAAUGCGAGCAACUCACACCAGCGAGUGGAGUACUCUGAUUCAAAUAGUGCGCCUUGUAGAAGACGCGAAGUGCAGCGAGGCACCUGUGUAGCGCCUGGUCGAAACUAUAGCCGGGUGAGAAUAUAUAUACGAGUAUAUAGCAUAAGGAUAACAGUUAAGGUGUCAUGCCAUCCUGGUACUUAGCGCGCUUCGGCCGAUCGUGCCUCUCUAUCGCUUGUGCUUGUGCCGCGCUCUCGCUUGCACGCUCAGGCUCAGGCGGAACGUGACACUUUCAUACGUGCAGCAGGUUGUCAUCGAUUUAUAAGACGUUAUCACAUCAAUCUUUCGCCAUCCGCCCGAAAACUUCUUUAGAUUUAAUCAUCGAUUUGAAAAAUCAUUCCAAAUACUUUAUCAACUUUGGUGACAUGAUGAUUAUUACCGACGCAGUCGUAUGCUGAUGAUUAUACUCAUUUUACUGGUUGUAGCACAAACGCGUCCGCGGCAGAGAACAGAGCGGCGUUGAUUGAGGACUCGCAGGCGUUCGGCAUCGGCUGCUUCGUUUUCUCCGUGCUGCAGUUCAUCGUAGGAGCUAUCAGCGUCGACCUAUUCAACUAUAUCGCACUCAGACAGAUUGACAGGGUAAAAGAGAGGUUCCUGCAAUCUGUCCUGCGUCAAGACAUUUCAUGGUACGACCUCAAUACAACUGUGAAUUUCGCCACAAAAGUUUCAGAUGACGUGGAGAAGUACCGGGAAGGAAUCGGUGAGAAGGUGCCGAUGCUGAUCUACCUGGUGACGUCGUUCGUGUUCGCAGUGGUGAUCUCCUUCUGCUACGGCUGGCAGCUGACGCUGGUCAUCCUGUCGUGCGCGCCUGUCAUUAUCGCAACCACGGCGAUUGUAGCCAAGGUUCAAUCGUCGCUGACCACUAAAGAGUUGAAGGCUUACAGCGUGGCCGGCGUUGUCGCCGAGGAAGUUUUGGCGGCUAUCAGAACAGUGGUGGCCUUUGGUGGAGAGAAAAAAGAGAUAACCAGGUACAGCACCCGAUUAGAACCAGCCCGGAAGAUGGGCGUGAUGAGAGGCGUUUACUCCGGCAUUGGGAGUGGGGUGAUGUGGCUCAUCAUUUACGCCACGUACGCGCUAUCCUUCUGGUACGGCGUGGGGCUGAUCCUGGACAGCAGACAUGAAGAAAAACCAGUCUAUACUCCAGCCGUGCUCAUGAUUAUAUUCUUCAGCAUCCUCCAAGGCGCGCAGAAUGUUGGCUUGACGGCGCCUCACAUGGAGGCCAUCAACGCCGCGCGAGCCUCGGGCGGCUCCAUCUUUGCCGUGCUGGACCGGCAGCCUGAUAUCGACAGCCUGUCCACCGCCGGUACCAGGCCGGAGAUCAACGGAGACUUGGCGCUGAAAAACGUGCACUUCACGUACCCCGCAAGAGAAGAUGUCAAGGUUUUGAACGGGCUUACGUUGAAGAUAAACCAGAACGAGACGGUAGCGUUGGUCGGGCCUAGCGGCUGCGGCAAAUCAACGGUGCUGCAGCUGCUACAGCGGAUGUACGACCCCGACCAGGGUAGCGUGACGGCAUCCGGUAACGACCUGCGCAAUAUCAACGUGCGACAUCUGCGGGACCACAUCGCGGUGGUGGGACAGGAGCCCGUGCUCUUUGCUGGCAGCAUUAAGGAGAACAUUCGACUGAGUAAUCCAUCGUGCACCGAUGAAGAAAUCAUCGUUGCAUCCAAACAGGCGUAUUGCCACGAUUUUAUUAAAAAGCUACCUGAGGGCUACAACACUCUGAUUGGUGAGCGGGGUGCGCAGCUGUCCGGUGGACAGAAGCAGCGCAUCGCAAUCGCCAGAGCUUUAGUCCGUAAGCCGAAGAUAUUGCUGCUGGAUGAGGCCACGUCAGCGCUGGACUCACACAGUGAAGCGAAGGUGCAGCGAGCGCUCGACGCUGCCGCCCAUGGGAGGACCACCAUCAUGGUGAGCCACAGGUUGGCCACGGUGCUGAAUGCCAACCGCAUUGUAUUCAUCGACAAAGGCGAGGUGGUUGAGGAAGGCACACAUGAAGAACUACUGAAGCAGAAGGGGCGGUACUAUCAGCUCGUGCUGCAAAACGAACCCAGCGUGGGGUCCACCGGUGCCGCUGAUUCAUCAGCUACCACGCAGCAAGAGAAACAUGCUCAUUUCAAACGGCCGAAACUUCAGAAGUUAGCUUCCGAAGAAUCCAUGAUGAGCACAACGUCCAGUGACGACGCAGUGUCCGAAGACAGCGUGGUGAUAGAACCGGACCCGCCCAAGGAGAUCAAGCCGACCACGUGGCAGAUUCUGAAACUGUGCGAGCCGGAGAAGUACCUGAUGGUGGUAGGAGUCUUGGCGGCCAUAGCCGUGGGCUCCUCCUUUCCUAUGUUCGCUGUAUUGUUCGGUGAAACGUAUGGUCUAUUAGAAAGCCCUGAUGAGGACUGGGUGCGAGGAGAGACGAACAUGAUAGCUGUCUACUUUCUUCUCGUGGGCCUGCUUACUGGACUGGGGAUCUUCUUCCAAAUCUACAUCUUCAAUCUCACGGGAGUUCGGUUGACGGCAAGACUAAGAGUGGCAGCUUUCAGUGCAAUGCUGAAACAGGAAAUCGGCUGGUUCGACGACGCGAAGAACGGCGUGGGAGCGCUGUGCUCGCGGCUCGCGGCGGAUGCGGCCGGCGUGCAAGGUGCUACAGGCACCAGAAUUGGCGCGCUCAUGCAAGCCGCCGCCACCAUAGUGAUCGGCAUCACGCUCUCCUUGUUCUACACGUGGAAGAUGACACUGGUGUCGCUAGUAUCGGUGCCCAUGGUGAUCAUAGCUGUCAUACUGGAGGGAAGAAUCAUCGCUGAAGGAAUCGCUGCGGUCCGAGCAGCUUCGGAUCGAGCGAACACCAUUGCCACUGAAGCAAUCACCAACAUUAGAACCGUGUCUGCUUUCUGUGGCGAGCAAGGCGUGCUGGACAGAUACAAGAAGGCGAGUGCUAACGCGAAGGCGAGCGCGCGCGGCAGUUUACGCUGGCGGGGCUGCGUAUUUUCGUUCGGGCAGACGGCGCCCGUCGCGGGGUACGCACUCUCGCUGUGGUACGGCGGCGUGUUAGUGGCUGACAGGGAGGUGCCCUACAAGAACGUCAUCAAGGUGUCGGAGGCGUUGGUAUUCGGCGCGUGGAUGAUGGGCCAGGCGCUCGCGUUCGCGCCAAACUUCGGCGCCGCCAUCAGUGCCGCCGGCCGCAUCAUGGGGCAGCUGGCGCGCACGCCGGCCGUCACCAGCACCGCCGCGCCCGCCGUCAACGAGGACUAUGUGGCGAUGGGCAAGAUUAACUACAAGAACGUGGUGUUCCGCUACCCCACCCGGCGUGAAGUGGAAGUGUUGCGUGGCUUGUCACUGGCGAUUCCUAGCGGCAAGCGCGUAGCGCUCGUGGGGCCCAGUGGAUGCGGCAAGUCUACGCUCAUACAGUUGUUACAGCGGUUGUAUGAUCCGGAUGAGGGUAGCGUGUACAUGGACGAUUACAACAUCGCUUCGGAUAUGCGUCUAACGACUCUGCGGCGGAACCUCGGCAUCGUAUCGCAGGAGCCAGUUCUAUUCGACCGCUCCAUCGCGGAGAACAUAGCAUAUGGCGACAACACGCGCACCGUUACCAUUGAAGAGAUCGUCAGUGCAGCAAAAGCGGCUAAUGUGCAUUCGUUCAUCGCUGCACUGCCGUCUGGGUACGAGACCCGAGUGGGGGCGCGCGCGUCGCAGCUGUCGGGCGGUCAGAAGCAACGCAUCGCCAUUGCGCGCGCGCUGGUGCGAAACCCGCGCGUAUUACUGCUGGACGAGGCUACCUCGGCGCUCGACACGCACAGCGAGAAGGUAGUCCAAGAAGCCCUGGACCGUGCCAGCGAAGGACGCACUUGCCUCAUAAUAGCGCAUCGACUGGCGACCAUCCAGAACGCGGAUAUGAUAUGCGUCAUCGACCGCGGCGUGUUGGCCGAAGCAGGCACGCACAAGGAGUUGAUCGACAAGAAGGGCAUAUAUGCCAAGCUGUAUGAAUUACAAUGCGGUAUCAUGGAAGAAGAGGACGAAAACCCACCGCCAACAACCACGGAAUAAUCCCAGCGAGGUUUAGAGAAUGACAAACUACCUUUAAGAUAGUUUUCUAGUUUGUUUGAAGUCUGUGAUCCAAGACCCCUUAAUCAUAAGUCAAUUUUAAAAUCCUAUGUUCAACCCUCUGUCUCUUAUUUGACUUUAAACAACUGAGAAAGAUGGAACGAUAUGAUAAACAGUACCCCUAGCACGAACCAUUA